AUGGAUUACUCAGCGUCCCAAAUCGACGAACAAACCGUGCAUAUAUUGAUCGACUAUGAACAAGCUAAUGAUUUUGGUCGAAAAAAACACCUUGGCAUCAUAAUCAAGACGACAACUCCAUUAAUUGAUCUUGCACUGACAGCAGUUCCUAUAGAAGAGGGAAAAGGUUUAGUUGGAGAUCGACUCAAAGUGACCGAGUUGAAAAAACAAGAGAAAGACUUGAAAUGGAUCGAUAAGGAAACAUUGGAAGAAAAAGAACGAAAAAAGAUAAUCAAGUACUCAGAAGAAGUGAUGAAACAUCUGGUAGCAAAGGACAAAUGUACAAAUCCGCAGGGAGCUUGA